AUGAGGCAUCGCAACAUCAAGAAAUACCGAACUCCCGUUUCAAGUGUUGGAAAUAAUGCGGUCAUCAUAUCAAAACAAGACUGGAAACGCAUGAAAAAGGAAGCAAAACAUCUAACACCUGUUGAACGCGAAAAUAAGGAAAAGAAAAAAGAAGAAAAGAAGAAACAGAAGUUUCAAGAGAUCUACGAAAAGCGUGAAGCUAUCGAAGCUAACGAUAAAAUAAAACAGGAAGUUGCCAAAAUGCAGCAAACUGAAAAUCAAAUCAAAAAGAACGAAGCUGUCCUUGCCAAAGCAAGAUCUAUUCAAAACGAAGAACUUGAUGAAGUUAAAGCUAUAAAUACUGAUGUUCUUGUUGCUCGAAUCAAAUCUUUACAAGCAGCCCAAAUUAUUGAGAACAGAAAGAGGCAAGAAGAAGAAAAAAAGCGAGCAGAGCAAGAAGCAGAAAUACUUGAAGCCCACCGCAAAGAAGCGUUAGAUAUAUACGCAGAAAGAGAACGAAAGAGAGCAGAAAAUCAAAAGCAAAUGUCAACAUUUUUGUUACAACAAAUUGAAGAACGAAAGAAACUUGCAGAGGAACAAAGGAAACAGAGACAGCGCGAAAUUGAGCUCCAACAAGAAGAUUACAAACGCGCUAGGGAAGAAGAAAGAAAAGAACAAGAAGAAAGAAUUCGGAGAAAUCAAGAAUUCUCAAAACAAUGCAUGGAGGCAAAUGCAGCAGCAAUACGUCGCAAGCAAGAAGAGAAGAAACGCGAACUAGAAGAAGAUCAAAAACUCAUUGAAUUCCAACGUCAAGAAGCAGAGAAAGAAAGGAAGAAGCAGGAAGAGAAAAGAAGGCGUCAAGAACAGAGGGAAAAAGAGAUUGAUGUUUUAAGAAGACAGCAACAGAAAGAAAUCGAUGAUGGUGAGAAACAAGAUGAAUUACAAAUGAGAAGAGUGCAAAGUGAGAACGAGAAAAAGCAGAGAGAUAGAGAACUCUCAGAGCAGGAGAGAAGACGAAAAAUCCAGGAAGAAAUGAGACUCGCAAGAGAAGAAGAAAUUCGGAUCAAAAAACUUCGUAUGAUUGAAGAAGCUAAACGAGAUCGUGAAGAGUUCCAGAAGGCACUUGAAAUAUCACGCAAGCAAGAAGAAGAAAGGCAAAGACGGCUGGAAGAGAAGAGGAAACGUGAUGAAGAAUACAGAACAUACUUGCAAAAUGAUAUAAGAGCUAAAAUUGAAGCAAGAAAUCUUCAGCCACUUGUUGAUCUUGAUGAACAGAAGCAUCUCGAGGAUAUGAAGAAAGAUUACAUUGAAAACUUGGAAUCUGUCCGAGAUCAAAAGGUGAAAAUGCUCGAAGAAGAAGGUGUUCCUGAAAAAUAUAUUACUGACCUCAGAAAUAGGAAGUUCAGAAUCCAUUAA